AUGCCUCCCGAGGUAUGGCCACCUACAGGAAUACAUGAUAUCGAAGAGCUGAACACCUCAUGCCCGUACGUGCUAUCUAAAGCAGUCUUGGGGACAGGCUCAUACUCCCAUGUUUACGAGUGCAAAAACAAAUUCACAGGAAUCCAUUACGCAGCCAAAAGGUAUAAUAAAAAACUUGUUUAUGGCAUGGAGCUGCUGCUCCAAUCGGAAUUCCAGGUGCUCAAAGCUGUGCUGAAUGGGCAUCGGAACAUUUUGCUGAUGGUUGAUUACUUUGAGACCAACGAUUAUUUCUACUUGGUGACAGACUUAGCUGCAGGCGGCGAACUCUUUAGCAGGAUAACCACAGGAAAAGGUCGAUUGUCAGUGAGCGAAACACGGGCAGUGCUUUUGACAUUGCUUUCUGCGUUGGCCCACUUGCAUGAAAAUAAAAUUGUGCACCGCGACAUUAAAGCAGAGAACAUUUUGUUUGCCAGCCGGAGCUCAAAACCAUCACUGUUGCUUUUGGCUGAUUUUGGCCAUGCGUUAACUCUCAAGGACGGAAAAAUGGCUUAUGAUUGCAGUGGUACGUUGAGUUACAUCGCCCCAGAAGUUCUUCUGAGGACAGGACACAGUUUUCCGGCGGACAUGUGGGCUGUGGGAGUACUCACAUAUUUCAUGCUCUCUGGAUACAUGCCAUUUGAUUGUGACUCGGACGAAGAAACGAAGGAACUCAUAUCCAAAGGCGACUUUGUGUUUGAGCCCGCGGAAUACUGGCUGCAUGUACCCGAGACUGCUAAGGAUUUUAUUGGCAGAUGCUUUGCAUUAGACCCUGCAAAGAGAAUCACUGCAGCACAAGCUUUGAAGCAUCCGUUCCUCCUUGAAAGCCGCCCGAAGCCGUCUCCAUCAUUCCAGAAGCUUCAAGAUGCGGUCUGGAAACUUCACAAGCAGCAGCUGCAGAAAUCCUCCACCAAUCUCUCUGCAUUACAUCGCAGAUUCAACUCAUCUUCUUCAACUUCUGUUUCCUCCAAUCACUCAAUUAUGGAAACCGACCACACACUUUUAGGCGAGCGGUGUUACAGUCCGGAUAAAGUUUCAGCGUUUACUACUCCGGUGACAUCAACAACUACGUCGAGGGAACACUCCCAGAUCAGUAUUCACUCACCUACUGCAUUAUCACUCUCCCUGUCUGUCUCUGGCCGCACGGGAAAAGCCAACUUUGUAAUUUAG